AGUACAGUUUGCUGAAGUUCCCUGCCGCAUUGCCCCGCCAUGGGUCUGGAGCUCUACUUAGACCUGUUGUCCCAGCCCUGCCGCGCCGUCUACAUCUUCGCCAAGAAGAACGGCAUCCCCUUCGAGAUGCGCACCGUGGACCUGCUCAAAGGAGAGCACCUCAGUGAUGCCUUUGCCGAGGUGAACCCCAUGAAGAAGGUGCCCGCCCUGAAGGAUGGGGACUUCACCUUGUCUGAGAGUGUGGCCAUCCUGCUCUACCUGGCCCGCAAGUAUAAUGUCCCUGACCACUGGUACCCCCAGGACCUGCAGGCCCGAGCACGGGUGGAUGAGUACCUGGCAUGGCAGCACCUGGGCCUACGAAGAAGCUGCCUCCGGGCCCUGUGGCAUAAGGUGAUGUUUCCUGUUUUCCUGGGUGAGUUGGUACCUCCUGAGACUCUGAAAGCCACCAUUGCCGAGUUGGAUGUAUCCCUGCAGCUUCUCGAGGACAAUUUCCUGAAGGACCAGGCCUUCCUUACCGGGCCGCACAUCUCCUUGGCUGACCUGAUGGCCACCACAGAGCUAAUGCAUGCUGUGGGUGCUGGCUGCCAGGUCUUUGAAGAGAGACCCAAGUUGGCUGCAUGGCACGAGCGUGUGGAGGCGGCAGUGGGGAAGAUCCUCUUCUGGGAAGCCCAUGUAGUCAUCCUGAAAGCCAAGGACUUCCCACCUGUAGACCCUACCAUGAAGCAGCAGUUAAUGUCUAGGGUGCAAGCCCUGAUGGGGUGAGCCAGGAAGGCUCUUUCCAGCACUGCCCCUGGCGGUUGGAGAAGUGCCUCAUUUUCCGUCAUCUCACAGGAGGUCGGCCCAAGUCAGGAGUGGCUCAUCCAUUCUUACUGCACCUCUACCGUCCAGCCCAGGGCUUUACCCCAGUUUGUCUUUCACAGCUGCCUGAGACACAGUGUAAACAGCACUUGAACCUGUCUCCUUCAAUCACUGCAUCGAUUUUUUUCCCCUUUUCAGUUUAAACAAUAAAACUGGCUGGUCUCAGCUCAAACCUCUGCUCCCCACUCUGGCUUGUGAUUUAUUUGAAUUUCCAGUUCUCCUCCUCUGGGUUUUGGUCUCUAUUCAAAAGACUCCGCCCUUUGCUAGGUUCUCUGUGGGUCAGCUUCCCCCUGCUGGUUGCCAAGAGUGAACUAAACAGGCUUGCUCUUCAAUCCAAGUCUGUUUUUCCUUGAACAUGUAUCUGGUAGCUUGUUUGUUUCUCUAUGCCUCUUUGCUUGCUUUUUCAACUCUGGAGAAGCCCAUGUUCUCUCUUGAACC